AUGGCAGACGGUAAAAGAGCAGUAGACUCCAGUAGAGUCUGGACCACCCUCAUCACCAACACAGACUACCUCUCGGGCCUCCUCACCCUGGACUACUCGCUCAAGAAGCACAAGUCUGCGUACCCGCUGGUGGCCCUCUACACCGAUACCUUCCCGGCCGAGGGACUCGCCGCCCUGGACGCCCGCGGCAUCCCCCACCAGAAGAUCAAGUACCUGCUGCCCACCAAGUCGACCCGCGACUACAGCAACGACCCGCGCUUCUACGACUGCUGGAGCAAGCUGACCCCCUUCGGCCUGACCCAGUACGACCGCGUCGUCCAGCUCGACAGCGACAUGCUGGUCCUGCAGAACAUGGACGAGCUCAUGGCCAUGGCCCUGGACGACGGCGCCGCCGCCGCCGCGGGGGGGCCGGACUCGAAGCGCGUCUUCGCCGCGGGACACGCCUGCGUCUGCAACCCGCUGCGCAAGGCCCACUACCCCAAGGACUGGGUGCCCGAGAACUGCGCCUUCACCUCUCAGCACGCGGACGCGGAGACCGCGCAGGCAGAGGGCGCCGACCCGGCCGUGAGCCCGCUGGGCUACAUGAACGGCGGCCUGCAGGUCGUCAACCCCAGCGCCGAGGUGUUCCGGCAGAUCGUCGACUACAUGGACGGCCACGCGGGGGACCUCGACUUCGCCGACCAGAGCCUGCUCAGCGAGCUGUACCGGGGCCGCUGGGUCGCCCUGCCCUACAUCUACAACGCCCUCAAGACCCUGCGGUGGGAGGGGGUGCACAAGCCCAUCUGGCGUGACGACAAGGUCAAGAACAUCCAUUACAUACUCACCCCAAACCCCUGGGACGAGCUGGACGCCGACGGCAACAGCACCAGCAAGGACGAGACGCACCGCUGGUGGGCUGAUGUCAACAAGGAGAGGAAGGCGGGUGAGAAGAGCAGUGGGGUCAAGGACGAUGGCUUCUAA